AUGUCUCACACUCAACCUUCACCUACUGCGGGUGUCGCUCCACAUCAUGCGGCAGCGCAUCUGGCAGCGCAUGCGCAGGCGCAGGCCAAUGGCCAUAUGCCGGCAAUUCCUGUACAAGGUCAGAAGGGGGUUCCAGCGCCUACCACCGCGCAAAAGAUCGCACAACUCAAUGAGCAAGUCUGGCUUCAAAUAGGAACCUUGACUGAAUUGAUGGGCGAUCUGGACGGUGCGAUGAAUGCCUAUGAGCAAGCCCUGCGUCACAACCAGUGGUCUGUCCCAGCCAUGAACGCCAUUUCAUGCAUCCUACGGACCAAGGAGCAGUUUCCCAAAGCGAUUGAGUGCCUGCAAAACAUCUUGAAGCUAGAUCCGAGCAAUGGAGAGACCUGGGGAAGCUUGGGCCACUGCCACCUUAUGAUGGAUAACCUGCAAGAUGCAUACACAUCUUACCAGCAAGCUCUCUAUCACCUGCGCGACCCUAAGGAACCCAAGCUGUGGUAUGGCAUCGGUAUACUGUAUGAUCGUUAUGGUUCUCUGGAUCAUGCGGAAGAGGCCUUCUCGCAAGUUAUGCGCAUGGCGCCUGAUUUUGAGAAGGCCAAUGAGAUCUACUUCCGUCUGGGAAUCAUAUAUAAGCAACAGCAAAAGUUCAACCAGAGUUUAGAGGUAUGUGACCACUUGGACCAGGCAUUGAGCUGUACUAAUUGCCUGCAGUGUUUCAAAUACAUUGUUAGCGAUCCUCCACGUCCUCUGACCGAAGAAGAUAUCUGGUUCCAGAUUGGCCACGUUCACGAGCAACAGAAAGACUUUGAGUCAGCUCAAUCCGCCUAUCAGCGUGUCCUUGAGCGGGAUCCGAACCACGCCAAGGUUCUCCAGCAACUUGGUUGGCUCUACCACCAGCAGAGCAAUGCCUUCCAAAGCCAGGAGAAAGCCAUCCAGUUCCUGGAGAAGUCUGUCAGCGCUGAUAACAAUGACGCUCAAAGCUGGUACCUCCUCGGUCGUUGCUACAUGUCCAUGGCGAAAUACCCUAAGGCGUAUGAAGCCUACCAGCAGGCAGUGUACCGCGAUGGUCGCAACCCUACUUUCUGGUGCUCCAUCGGUGUUCUCUACUACCAGAUCAACCAGUACCGCGAUGCCCUUGAUGCCUACUCUCGCGCAAUCCGUCUCAACCCGUACAUUUCCGAGGUUUGGUACGACCUGGGCACCCUGUACGAAUCCUGUAACAACCAGAUUGCCGAUGCCCUAGAUGCCUACGGACGCGCCGCAGAUCUUGACCCCAGCAAUGUUCAUAUCAAGGCUCGUCUGCAGCUGCUUCAGAGCCAACUAUCCUCUGGCACUGCUGGACAACAGCAGCCCACCGCUCCUGCUCCUCAGCCGCAGGAUGUUCACCCCCAGGCUUAUCAGGCACCAGGCGUUGGCGCACCUCCCGCUCCUCAGUGGGGUGCCCCUGCCGCCAUUGGGCCUCCACAAGCCCCUGCUCCUCCUAGGCAGAUUCCUGACUGGAACCGUGGUAUCAACGAGCUUCAAUCUCAGGGCCAAGCUCCAGCAGCCAACGGUAUGGACCAACGAGAUGCUCGGAUUCCUGGUGCUCCCGCCCAGAGUCCUCGACAGGAGCCCGGCCGCGCCUUCCCCGAUCCCCGAGGCCCCCCUCGCUCGCCGAAGAUGGGUGAUCCCAAUGCUUACCCUCCCCAACACACCCUGCCCCAGCUCGGAAAUGCUCCUGGUCAAGGUCAUGAACGCGCUCCUAGCGGCGGUAAUGCCUUUGGUGCCCCACGCACUGGUCUGCCUGCUGGACUAUCCGCCGCCCCCCCUGGGCCCCCGGGACCUCCUGGGCCUAAUGGUGGUGCUCCUCCCCCGCCGCCCUACCAGAACCGGCCCUUCAGCCCUCCUCCUGAGAUUCGUCCGAUUCGCGAUGAGCGGCCCUCGUCGCCGGGCUCAGGUUACCCUCUCCAACAGUUCCACCCGGGUCCGACCCUUCCCCCACAAGUCCCAGGUGGUAACUCCAUUGCCUCUGGUGCUCCUGCUCCACCUUCGGCUGCUACUGCUGCUGAGGCUGCCGCCCGUGAUCGCGAAGAUCGCCCUGCAUCUGCAAUGAAGCGCGGCCGCGAAUGGGAGGCUGACACUCCGCUCAAGAAGCUUGCAAGCGACGAGAGCCGCGCCCGUCUGGAUGAUCAAAAUGCCCGCCGCCCGAGUCCACCCGCACGCAUGCCCUCUCCUCGUCAAAUGCAACGACGAAGUUCGUCAGAGGCACGUCGCGAGGAUGUCCGUCGUGCCAAUGAGAACUACCACCCCUCAGAGGCUGCCCACCACCCUCCUACACUACCUUCAAUCCAAGACAUGCCUCCCCGAGCUUCCACUGGUUCCAGCCUUCCCCCAAUGACUGAGCCCUCUGGUCCCGCAUCGAACGCUCCUCCUUCAGGACCUCCUUCAGCCAACACCCCGGUUAAGGAAGAAGCACCCCGCCCGGAGGCCCCCCUGCACAUGAGCCUCCUGCUCGCAAGAUGGAUGUUGAUGAAGAUUACGACGAUGAGGUUGAAGAAGAGAAAAAGGCAGCUGCUUCCAAGGGGAGCCCAAAUGGCAGCACGGCAGGCAAUCCCACGAAUGGUGCCAGCAAUGCCCGAGCUGGUACACCUUCCAAGACCGAAUCCACGGCCUAAGGAGUCCUGCUUGAUCGAGACCAGACUUCUAUGA